AUGGCUGCGAAUGCGCCGGGAGAGCCGAGAGGAGCGAGUCGGCGAGAGAACACGAAAGGCCGGAAGAACGCCUCGAAGAGCAGAGAGGAUGACGGGGUGAAGACGAUGGAGUGGGGACGAAACAAAGGCGCGCAGGGAAGGAAAGACAAGGACAAGAAGAAGAGAAAGAAGAAGAGAAAGAAGAAGAGAAAGAGGAAGAGGAAGAAAGAAGAAGAGAAAGAAGAAGAGAAAGAAGAAGAGAAAGAAGAAGAGAAAGAAGAAGAGGAAGAAGAAGAGGAAGAAGAAGAGGAAGAAGAAGAGGAAGAAGAGGAGGAAGAAGAAGAGGAAGAAGAAGAGGAAGAAGAGGAGGAAGAAGAAGAGGAAGAAGAAGAAGAGGAAGAAGAGGAGGAAGAAAAAGAGGAAGAAGAAGAGGAGGAAGAGGAGGAAAAAGAGGAAGAAGAAGAAGAGGAAGAAGAAGAGGAAGAGGAAGAAGAAGAGGAAGAAGAAGAGGAAGAAGAAGAGGAAGAAGAAGAGGAAGAAGAAGAAGAAGAGGAAGAAGAAGAGGAAGAAGAAGAAGAAGAGGAAGAAGAAGAGGAAGAAGAAGAGAAAGAAGAAGAAGAAGAGAAAAAAGAAGAGGAAGAGGAAGAAGGGCGACUUUGCUCUGGUUGUGCACUCACGCAAGUACCUCCACAGAUUCACUUCUUUCUCUUGGUCGGGCACCCGCUAUUCCCCUUCUUCCUCGCCGCCGUCCCUCAGCACCCCUCCACCAUGGCAUCCCUGCAGCCGCCUCCUCCCGCUGCCUCCUCUUCUCCCUCGUUUUCUCCCGCCCCUUUCCCCGACUCGAUGCCUUCUCCUUCGCCUGCUGGCCACAUAAAGUUGUCCUCGCCGGCACGCUCGCAGCCGCUUCGCUUGCUUUGCUGGUUUCUGUGCCACAACGACUACGGCGACUUCCGAUUUGAAGAACUGGAGGCUUUGGCGGAGGAAGAGGGGAUUUCCCGCGAAGAGCUGUGGAGAGGAGAGACGGCUUUUGCCUCCCCCGUGAAUCCCAAGCCUGCCUCCUCUCGGUCGGCUCCCAAGCUGAUUGUCUCUCAGCCGCCUGUCUCUGCUCUUUUGUCUCCUUCCUCUUCGCCUUCUCCGCCGCCUCCGUCGCUCUGCUCCUCGCCGUCUUCUCCUCCCUCUCCUCCCUUUCCGCCUCUCCCGGCACCUCCUCCGCCGUCGCCAGCAGCCGCGCCGUUUCCGCCAGACUCCGUCUCUCCACUGCAAACGUCAAAUCUCUCUCCUUCGCCUUGUGUCUUGCCCCGCUUUCCUUCCUCCGCACCCUCGCCGCCGGCGUCGCCGCCUCUCCCCGUUCCGCCGCCGUCUCCUUGUUCGUCUCCUUCUUUCUCGUGCAUGUCUCCUUCUUUCUCGUGCGUGUCUCCUUCGCCUGGCCUCGGGCCUCACUCUGCGUCGCCUGUCACGCCCCCGUGCGCAAAAGCUUCAGGCGCACACUUUGCGUACUGCUACCUUCCUUCCGAGGCCGUCGCCGAGAGGAUUCUAAAAAAGAGCAUUUUGAUCCGCGCGUUCAUCGAGGUUUGGGCAGAAGAGCAAACUUACCCAGAGGUCUUGUCGCGCAUGCAAGAGCCGGGAAAUGUGUUGCUCUUCCGUCGCUAUAUUAACGACGAGCGCACGUGGGCUUUUCGCGUGAAGGCUUUCGGCAAGUCGCUCUCGGUCGAGGAACAGCGAGAGAAAAUGAACUUUUUUUCCACUCUGUUCAAGGGAACUGAAAAAGUUUCUCUCGACAAUCCUGACAUCACGCUCGCCGUAGCGGAGGAAUGGGUUCAUGCCACGGAACCCGGGGCGCGACCUGCCGAGAAGCCUCUCCGCAUUUUUUUCGGCCGAGAAAUCGCUUCGAGGCACGCGGACAAAAACGCGCAGCCUUGGUGGUGGCCUCUGCGUCUCUCCCGUCGCCCCGUCCUCGGCCCCACUUCCCUCGACGUCGAACUCGCCUUUCUCAUGUGUCACCAAGCACAUAUCAAGCGUGGAAGUUUGGUUCUCGAUCCAUUUGUUGGAACUGGAAGCAUCCUCAUCUCUGCAUCGUACUACGGCGCGACGUGUAUAGGCUCGGACAUUGACAUUCGCGUGCUCAAGGGCUACAGCGUCGCGUAUCUGAAUCCUCACCUAAAUCACCCUCCAGGCGCGAAAAAAGACGUUUUUCGGAAUUUCAAGGAGUACGGUUUGGCACGCCCAGAGAUCGUUCGUGGGGAUAACGCGGCGUGGGUAUGGCGCCUGCCGCCUCCCGCCGGUGCCGAAAAAAGUGCGCGCGCCGCGGGGGGAACGAGCGACAAGAGGGAGGAGUCGGCGCCUGACAGCCCAGAUCCGCCGGCGGAGACGGACACACAGGGACGAAUGCGCGCGUACCUACAGCGAAGUGCGCUCGGUGGGGGCAAACCGUGGGUGGAUGCGAUCGUGACGGAUCCGCCGUAUGGAAUCCGAGCUGGAGCCCGGCAGUCCGGCCACCAGCAGAAGCACAAACGCGUAGCGGAAAGGUCCAAUGAAGAACGCCUGACGUACAUCUCGCCGACGAUUCUCUACGCUCCCCAGACGGUCGUGAGCGACUUGCUUAAUCUGGCCGCGCGUCUCCUUGUCGACAACGGCCGCCUGGUUUUCCUUCUCCCCGUCGACUUGUCCACGUGA